UUGGAUAAAAUGAAUAAAUUAUUAGGACCAAAGCACCGCGUAAGCGGAAAGUGUCUAUACAUGCAAAAUGAAAAUCCGAUGCUUCUGAUGAUAGAGGAUCUCACGCCUCUCGGCUUUCGCAUGGCCGAUCGUAUAUCUGGUCUUGACCUAGCUCAUUCCAUAUUGGCACUUCGCGUACUAGCCAGGUUUCAUGCAGCCUCUGUAGCCGUAUGCGAAAAGGUAAAUUACCACAUGUGACUUGAUCGUAAUCUCAUUUCAAUUAUUAAAAAUUCAGAUAAAUGACAUCCUAUGACUAUGCAAGUUUCAAAUUUUCGCGUUAACAAUUCGUAAUGUUAAA